AUGGCGCAAGCACAUGCACGCACGUUCCGGUUUAGGCACUUGGUGCCAAAAAGAGCAACUCCAGAUGUUUCAGCCGCCGUCGCCGAGAGACCCACGGCACGUUUGCACAUCAGUGAAGCUGUGCAACUGGCAGCCCGGGAGGUUGACCCAGACUCCUCCCGGGAGGCCUCUCUCUCCCAGCAUCCCCUGCCUUUCAACCUCACGGCUCCAAACAACGCCACCCCGGGCAGCUACUUAUCGCAGCACUCGCUGAAUUUCCCCGAACACAACCCUGCGGAGCAGAAGCAUUGGCCUGCUUACCUCAGUGCCAAACCCCCAGGCCCCAAGGGGGAGAAUUCACAGGUGCCAUGUUCACCGAUGUGGCCCAACCAACCCCUGGCCACACAGCGCCUUCCGAACGAAAACUGGAGAGCCGCACCCAGCCAAGAGGUGUUCCGUUUGGACCACAGCCUGCCGGCUCCUCUCCUCCUCGACUUGCGGGAGGAUGAGAUGGGCUUUCCCAAGCACGAUGGUUUCCUGACUUCCGGAGACUCGCCAUGUAAAAGUGGCUUGGGAAAGGAUCCGGGAGGAAACGUAAUUAAUCAGCUAACGGUGAACGUGGACCUGUCGGAAAGAGCCCCCAAACUGAUGCUGGAACUGCGCCAGUCGAAAGGCCAAACCACCCCUCCACCGGAGUCACCCCGGCCACUUUCGGAUACGGCAGGAAAGACCUGGAGACGGGCUAGCGAUCCGGAAACGUUCGCAGCAAACCUUUCUCCAACCUUGAUGUCCCCCAGGGCUCCUAGGCUUGGUUCGGUGGAUUCUUGCGUGAUCCCCGAGAGAUCUCUGACCACGAAUCGUCCGCACACGGGUGAGAAAUUUCAAAGCAGGGCCGAAGAAGAUCAACGAAAAUUGACACGAGCUCCGGUUGAUAGUAAACCUCGCGCUUCGCCGGCGUUCCAGCCGAUCCCGGUGGCCGCAGACAUCAGCGAUUGGACGGACGCCUCAAAAUCCAACCUGACCAGCGUGAGAAAAAAUGAACUAACGCUCUCCGGGAGAGUAGAGAGAGAGCCCAGAAAUAAUGAAAUCUCUCCUUUCGACGAGGCCUCCUUCUUUGUACACCUGGCUCACCCGAUUCAUCAUUCCACGCCCGGUUUUUGCACAACCAGAGCCUUGAACCGCGAAGGGCCCGGCCCGGCGUUGCCAUCCCGAUCAGGAUUUCAACAUCCUCUUUCUUGCUUGCACGAAGAAAUGUCAAAGACCCUGCACACCAAUGCGCGCGAUUCUUCAGCGACGGAGCCUCUUCAAAACCCCUGCCCCUUUCCCGCGAAAGAGAGUUUUGCGUCGCACGGCACCCCGGCCGUUCCAAACGACAAGGGUGACGGUUUUUGCGCUCUUCAACCUCUGAAUGGCCGGUUUCAGUCCAUGCCUUCUCUGAAUUUCGCGGAGAAGGUCAGAGCGUGGCACCUGAGCUAUUCGGUUGAGAAGCUGCCUGAAGUGUCCGGUUUGGGGACCCCCGUGCCUGGUCCAGGUGGCGUAUCCCCCAGGCGGAAGGACUACGAUGCGAUCGCCGAUUCCUUGACCCGCAUCCUGCUCAAGCAGCAGAGUCUAGCUGACCCCAAGGCUGCCCCUUUUUAUGGGCCGAGCUCCAUGACCGAUCUUCACAGCUCCCAGAAGGAGCCUCCUCCGCGGGCAUUGCCCUUUACCCGCUCGCAGUCGGAAACCUCGGUGAGCGCCCUCAGCCGAGAGAUUUCGAGGACAGACGUAGGGAACGAAAACAGAGCUGACGACGCUCUUCGGCAAGCCGACGUCCACCCGGACGCUUCCACGGCCUGUCGGAUCCAACCAACCAUCCCGGUUGAGGAAGACACGCUUUGCCGUAGUUACAGAGCCGUUCCCGUCUUCGCUACGGUCUCCAACGACGAGGAAAGUGUUAGUACGGGGAGACCUUCGGAGACCUUCAUCGAGGUCAGGAGGAUGGCCGAGCUCCUACGAGGGGAAACCAGCUCAUGCGAUGGGAGAAAGGAGGACUUGCGGGAGGCCGAAGAGAAGGCGAGGGAACCGUCGGGCUGUGGGUUUCAGGCCGGUGAAAUGAGGAUGGAUUACUUGAGAGAUCUUUCCCCGGAUGAUUUAAACCAAGAGACCGAUUCCGGAACGGACAGCUGUACGGAUUUCAGGCUGUGUUCCAGAGUGUUGUCUGGGUCUCCUCCGGCUUUGAACAAGCUGCAGAGCAGCUUGGAAGACGAACUGCAAACUUCCCAUCACAGCGAGCUCAAUAUUGACGAGAGAAUACCGGUGUACCUCCACAACCUGGGCAUCGAUCAGUCGCCUUCUUCUAUUCUGACGCCGUUUUUGCCUCGGGGACCCAUUCGCGAGAUCGAAUUCUCUCCCACGGAGCUCCGGACGCUGAAAGCCUCAUCUGAUGUCUUCCGCCUGCACCUCUCGGAAGACUCGCAGUCGGUGAAAGACGCCACGCAGACAACCUUCAACUCUUCGCUGCUCAGUGGCUCCGCUCUGGCAGGUUCGGCCGUUGACUCUGACACGUGGCAGCCCGCCAAGCCUUCUCCACAACACACCAGAGAUCUCCUCCAGCCGAGCAGCUCUCCUUGGAAAGCUCAUGCUGUCGCGCCGCCUCUCAGCGUGUCCGUCCCUGAGUCCCCACCCGCUCCCGUUUCAACUGAAGGGACUCACGUCAUCCCAGGAUCUCCCUCCAACUCGGCCGGGCAAAGAGCCACAAGACGCGUGGCGUCGCCAGAGGACAAUUUAGGCCCGAACCAACUUGGCGCGAGUCGAGUAAAACCCGGUGCUUCGUCUCAGGACAACGAUGAGAAACCUGCAAGCGAAGAAAUCGCGCGAUCUUUCAGCUCAAUUCCUGGGGGAGGGAGAAAGGAUUCCUUCACAGGGUCAGACGCCCCAGAAGAGAGCCAGAAGCUCCCAGCCGAGGUAGACUCCAGACCGUCAAGCGGAAAAUUCAGAUAUCGUUUAUCCAGCUCUUCUUCUGGCUCGUUAAAACAGAUCGAUCGAGUCGAUUUAUACGGAGGUCCCGGAUCCAGCGAGAGAAGCAUGCUCGAGAUCCAAAGAGGUUGGUCAUGGGACGGGAGCAUGGCCAAGCAGGAGAUCACCGGUAGUUUAAACUGGGAAGAUCUGCAGCUGGUGGACGUAUUCAACAAGGAGCCAACGGUAUCUCAAGAGCUCAGGUCGGGAUCCCAGAAAGCCAACGAAGACCGUGGGAUGACAAAACCCAUCACGCGGUCAGAUCCCGAAGGUUGCACCAGGGCGUCUGUGAACCAGAGUCUUCCGCUUCCAACAGGAAGAUGUCCAGACAUCCAAGCAAGCCCUUCCCCAAACCUCCAAGAGAUCCAAUCUGUGUCCAAUAUGGACGACGUGGCUAAACUCUUGAGAGGUUUCCCGUGCGUCGAGGAAAGUCGUCCGAAAGAGAUUGGCGGCUCUCAGGAGAGCACCAACAGCAGCAGCGUGGACUCUCUGGGCAUCCGAAUGAAGAAACUUCUCCAGUACGGACGUCCUGCGAUCGACCGAGCGCCCUGGAUGGAGACGGCGGAGGAACGCGAUGGGUCAGCUCCGAAAGAGUCCUCCGUGUCAUCUGCUGGUUCAGCGUUCCUCAGAGGGGAAGGCGGGGCCCAAAGAAGCGAUACCGGCAGCAGUAUGGACUCGUUGAUGGUAAGGGUUAAAACCCUCCUGGAAGAGGAACAGCCUGUGUUGCAUGCAACCCAGAUACUCCGGAGCAUAGAGGAAGAAGAAGAAAAAGCCCGUGGUAAGGAGCUGCCAGGUUGUGUGGCUUAUUAA